AUGCAGGAGAUACCUGUGUGGGGUUCAUAUAAUCUCUUUUCUUCCUCAUUCUUUUUUUCUUUUUCUUUCUUUUUUUUUUUCUUUUUCUUUCUUUUUUUUUUUCUUUUUCUUUUCUUUCUUUAUCUUUUUUUCUUUUUCUUUCUUUUCUUUUAUUUUUUUUCUUUAUCUUUUUUCUUUUCUUUUUUUAUUUUUUUUUUUUCUUUCUUUUUUUUUUUCUUUUUUUCUUUUCUUUUUUUUUCUUUCUUUUUUUUUUUCUUUUUCUUUCUUUUUUUUUUUUUUUCUUUCUUUAUCUUUUUUUCUUUUUCUUUCUUUAUCUUUUUUCUUUUUCUUUCUUUAUCUUUUUUUCUUUUUCUUUCUUUAUCUUUUUUUCUUUUUCUUUCUUUAUCUUUUUUUCUUUUUCUUUCUUUAUCUUUUUCUUUUUCUUUCUUUAUCUUUUUCUUUUUCUUUCUUUAUCUUUUUUCUUUCUUUUUCCUCUUCUUUUUUUUUUUCUUUUUCCUCUUCUUUUUUUUCUUUCUUUUUCCUCUUCUUUUUUUUCUUUCUUUUUCCUCUUCUUUUUUUUCUUUCUUUUUCUUCUUUUUUUUCUUUCUUUUUCCUCUUUUUUUUCUUUCUUUUUUUUUUUUUUUCUUUUUUUUUUUUCUUUUUUUUUCUUUCUUUUUUCUUUCUUCUCUUUUUUUUUCUUUCUUUUCCUCUUUUUUUUUCUUUCUUUUUCCUCUUUUUUUUCUUUCUUUUUCCUCUUUUUUUUCUUUCUUUUUCCUUUUUUUUUUUCUUUUUCCUCUUCUCUUAAUUGCUUCACCUUCAUUGCUUGAUAAUAGCUUAGAUCUCAAGAGCCCAAAAGUUGGGGAGUCGCCAUCGGCAAACCGUGAGCACGUCGAUGGCUUUUCUGAUGUCAUUGGGGGCAAAGGAGAUGAUGCUUUCUUCGUGAAAGUCGACUUGCUCAUGGAGGGCUCUAAAGAAGAUCGGAAGAAGGCUUAUACCCUUCUCCAUGAAAGUCAGGAGAAGACUCGCUCCUCAGCCUUCUCCCUUUUCUUCCUUUCUCAACUUUUGCCUUUGAUUGUUGUCAUAUCGGUCAUGAUUGUUCAAACAGAAGACAUAUCAAUUUUUAUUUUGGGGCAUACUUUGGUGAAACAUUUGGUUUUCUUUCUUUCCGUUUUUUUUCUUUCUUUCCGUCUUUUUUUUUUUUUCUUUUUUUUUUUUCUUUUUUCCGUCUUUUUUCUUUCUUUUCUUUCUGUCUUUUUUUUUUUCUUUCUUUCUUUUUUUUUUUUUUUUUCUUUUCUUUCCGUUUUUUUUUUUUCUUUUCUUUUUUCCUUUUUUUUUUUCUUUCUUUUUUCUUUUUUCUUUCUUUCCGUCUUUUUUUCUUUCUUUCCGUCUUUUUUUCUUUCUUUCCGUCUUUUUUUCUUUCUUUCCGUCUUUUUUUCUUUCUUUCCGUCUUUUUUUCUUUCUUUCCGUCUUUUUUUCUUUCUUUCCGUCUUUUUUUCUUUCUUUCCGUCUUUUUUUCUUUCUUUCCGCUCAAAUAUCUCUUCUUUCUUUCCUUUGGCUUCUUCUCCUUUUCUUCUUUCCUUUGACUUCCUCUCCCUUUCUUCUUUCUGUUCAAGCUGCCUUUUACUUCAUUUUUAUUUAACCUGCUCAUACCUGAUCAUCAUAUGCAAGUAUAAAACCAAUUCCGAAUUCACCUGGCGUCUGUCCAAGUCGACAUUUCAAAUGGCUGAGACUCACAAACCUCAGAGUAAGGAGAAGAAAGAAUUGCUCCUUCAAGCUCGGGAUUAUGCUAACGCUUCUAUUGCCUUGAAUGUCAAUUGUGCAAAUGCUCACAAAUGGUAUGCAGUCAUUGUUGGUAGCCUUACUGAAUAUUUGGGAAUACAUGAACAAAUUGAACUGGCCUAUUCAAUCAAGCACCACAUUGAAGAAGGUCUAAGGCUGAAUCCCAAAGAUGCAUUCCUUCAUUACAUGUUGGGCAGAUGGCACUAUAGGGUCUACAUGAUGACCUGGAUGGAGAGGAAACUUGCUGAUAUGCUGUUCAACAACAGACCGCCUGCUACAACACCUGAAGAGACAUUAGAACAUUUCAUGACAGCUGAAAGAUUACGUCCAAAGCAGUGGAAGGAGAAUUUAUUACAUAUUGCAAGAUGUCAUAUUCAGAUGCAACAUUAUUCUGAAGCUGUCAAAUGGCUUCUUCAGGCAAAGAAAGUAAAGCGUAGUGAGAUUGAUGAUGAAAAAACAGAUGAAGAUAUUGAUCACCUCCUCUCAAAAUACUUUAAUAUUAGUUUCUUUCCCUCUCCCCUUCCACUUUCUCCUCGGUAUUCUCCUCCCUCUCUCUCUCUCUCUCUCUCUCUCUCUCUCAUACUUCUUCUCCCUUUUAUUUUCCUCUCUCUCACAUUUCUUUCCCUCCCUUCCUCUCUCUUUUCUUCCUCUCCUCUCUCUUUUUCUCUUUUUCUUCCUCUCUUUUUCUCUUUCUUUUUCUCUUUCUUUUUCUCUUUCUUUUUCUCUUUCUUUUUCUCUUUCUUUUUCUCUUUCUUUUUCUCUUUCUUUUUCUCUUUCUUUUUCUCUUUCUUUUUCUCUUUCUUUUUCUCUUUCUUUUUCUCUUUUUCUUCUGUCUCUUUUCCUCUUCCCCCUCUCUUUUCCGCCUCCUCUCUCUCAUACUUCUUCUCCUCCCUUCCUCUUCCUUCUUCUCUUCCUCUCCCUCUUCCCUCUUCCCUUCUCUUUUUCUUUUCUCUCUCUUUUCCUCCACCCUCUCAUUUAUCCUACUCUCAUUAA